ACUAUUUUGGCUUCGAUUUGUGUAAACAGAGUCAUAAACGGGUGGGUGGAUUAGCCGAAAGGGCGAGAUAAGACUUUCACAAUAUAAACCGCCGAAAAUCGCGGCAGGACAGCAUUCAAUCCAGAGACAUCGAGAAGAGAACAUGGAAAGCCAUCAAAUCUACCGUCACAAGAAGUUCGACGUUGGUCGCAACUUUAAGAGCGCUGAGUUGCUGCUCAAGGAGGAGCUCAUCUCCCGGAGCGGCACCCCCUACAGCCGCGAGGAGGAGCAGGAGGAAGAGCUGGCUUCCAUCAGCCUUUGUUCCAGCGACCAAGACGAGUUCCUGCCUCUGCCCAAACGCCGCCGCCUGGGCUCAUCAUCCUCCAGCGUAUCCUCGACUUCUUUCCAGUCCGCAGCCUGCCACAUCAACGCCGAUGCCAUCCAGGACAUCCUCAAGUACCACGUCAACAUGGUGCGUACUUUUCCCAAGAAGGAGCGCUCGCCCAAGGAGCAGGAUCGCCGAAACAAGAACACCAUCGCCUGCCGGGUGAGCCGGCGCAAGAAAAAGUUCGACGACCUGCAGAUCGAACAGCAAUACAAGGACUUUACUUCCGAGCAUUUAAAAAUCGCCGAGCAAAGUGUCCGGGCCAAGGUGUAUCUGAAUUACCUGAACCAGCUGGUCAAGCAGGAGGACGUUCCACCGCCUACACCACCUCCUUCGGCGACUCCAAGGGUCGCCAAGGAGCAGAAUUGCAAGAGAAACUUUAGCAUCGACUACUUGAUCGGUGGAGUUAAGCAGGAAAAGGUGUAGACUCUAAAACUUAUUGUAUUUAAUUGUUCACUGUGUGACCUUUUUUUUGUAUAAUAUAAUA